AUGCAUGUGUGGCUAGCAGAGGCAUCGCCGCAGCGGCAGACGGUGCUGGUGACGAGGUAUGAGCCUAGUCAACCUGAUCCCUCUGUAUCUACGCUUGUCCUAGCCUUCACAACGGCGGAAGGACGAUGCACGCUGCGCCUGACCGAGGCUGACGAGUAUGACUGGGCCAGUCUGCGUCGUCUAUCGAUGCCGUAUGCGCCUCUCCUUGGCUUAUUGGGGCUGCUGAGCAUCGGCUCAGACACUUUCUUGGUCGGCAUUUCCGCCACGGAGCGUAUAGGAUGCAUUCAGUCCGACGAGAUGAUUCAUCGCGUGCGCAACGUAUCGUUUUACUGCCUGAACCGACGAUUGGCCAACGAUAUGGCGCUAGCUCAGGGCGCUGUGGAUCCGCAGGAGUAUGGCCGCACGUCACUGGCAGGCAGCGGCAGCAGCAGCAGUGCGAGCGGUGGCACGGAUGACCCCUGUGCGGCGAUUCGCAAGUAUAUGUCCAGUGGAUCGUUUUACUACGCGGAAGGCGCAUACGAUCUCACGCAACGAGUGCAAAGCUCACAUGAACCACAUCGGAUGUUUCAGGACCAGUUUUUGUGGAAUUCAUACAUGAUGAUGCCCAUCGAGACGUUUCGUGAGCGACUGGAUGCCACACGGCAGCGCCUAUGGGGCGAGGCGCGCUUUUUCGUGUACGUGAUCCACGGGUACGUGGGCGUACGAACGAUCCCCUGCUCGUUUCCAUGCCGCUUAGCGGUGAUCAGCCGCCUAAGUAUGCGCAAAGCCGGUACACGUUUUAAUGCGCGUGGAAUAGAUGACGAUGGCAACGCCGCCAAUCUGGCCGAAACGGAGACAGUUCUCAUCUUGGACGACUAUGAGUAUGCGUAUACACAACUCCGUGGCUCUGUGCCAGUGUUUUGGGAGCAGCAAGGAUUGCAAGCGCUUAAUGCGCGCAUCCAAAUCACACGCAUUGGUGCUGCCAGUGCGCCGAGUUUCCGGCGGCAUAUGGAGCAGUUGAUCGACGAGUACGGUCCAUUGUUCCUGUUGGACUUGCUAGGCACGCGCGAGGCGGAGACGUUGCUCGGUCAGACGUACGUCCAGCAUAUUCAAGCGGUCGUACCGGAGCUGCCGCUGCGGUACUACAACUUUGAUUUCCAUGCGGUGACCAAGGCGAUGGGCGGCUUGGAAGGUGUGCAGCAAGAGUUUGAGCGCCUGAACAAUGUACAGACGCAACGACAGCAGGAUCGGUAUACUUUUGUGCAGGGCGAUACGGUCCUGGAGAAGCAGCGAGGUGUGUUCCGUGUCAACUGCUUUGACUGCUUGGACCGGACGAAUGUCGUACAAGGCAUGCUGUCGCAUGCGCAGCUCCGUGAUUUUUUCCGGCACAUCGAGCGUCGGGAGGAAGCAGUCUCGCAGCGACUGGCCCAGGACGCGAGCCUUGCGUCGAAAGUGUGGCCUGUGCAUCGCGAAUUGUGGGCGCAGAAUGGCGACGCAUUGUCGUACAUUAGCACGGGUACAGGCUCCCUCAAUUCAGGGUUCGUGCGCUCUGGGACCAAGAAAGGGCUGGCAGGUAUCCUUAGUGAUGCGGCGAAGAGUGCGAGUCGGAUGUACGUGAACAAUUUCCAGGACGCGUCGAAGCAGGAAGCCAUCGAUACGCUGCUAGGCCGGCGUGCUGGCCAGCGGCAUGUGGAGUUGUACGAUCCGCUGUACGCCAAGGUGUCGCAGACCAUGGCGCAGCGUUGGGACGAGUACGCGCAAGUGCGUACGCUGCGUUUGCAUGUCGGCACGCUGAAUGCGUGUGCAGUGGCGCCGGGCCUCACGUCGCUCACGCCCUGGCUGCGGCCGGACGGUGAGGAGGCGGAGAUCGUGGCCGUGUCGCUCCAGGAGAUUGUGCCGCUCACCGCGCAGUCGAUACUCGUGUCGGGCACCGAUGCGAUGCAGGCCUGGGAAGGAGCGGUGUUGCGUGAGCUCAACCGAGGCACGUCGACGUACGUCCCGCUCCGUCAUUCGCUGCUGUUCGGUACAGCGUUGAUGGUGUUUGUGAAAGAGGCGCUGCUGCCACAUAUGAAGAGCGUGGAUGGCGCCUCAAAAAAAACCGGCCUGCGUGGCAUGGCAGGCAACAAGGGCGCUGUGGGUGUCCGAUUCGAUGUGUACGACACGAGUGUGUGCAUUGUCGCAGCGCAUUUGGCGGCAGGUGCGGGCAAUGUAGAAGACCGGAACAGCGAUGCGAUGGCGAUUGAGCAGGGCCUUGUGUUUGCUCGUGGGCGUGCGAUGGACGAUCAUGAUCACAUUGUAUGGGCGGGCGACUUGAACUACCGCAUCGGUGUGCUGACGUCCGAGGAGAUUCGCUCGCUGUGUGCCGCGCACAAGUACGAGUCGCUGUGGGAGCAUGACCAGCUGCGGUGUAUGCAGGAGAAGAACGUGGUAUUCCAGCAGUACGAGGAGGCACCGAUUGCGUUCGCGCCGACGUACAAGUACGACAUCGGGACAGAUCUCUACGAUACCUCGGACAAGAUGCGCGCGCCGGCGUGGACGGAUCGUAUCUUGUUCCGUACCACGCACAACGCUCUGCAUAUGGCGAUGCGUGGCUACAUGGCUGCGCCGGUUCGGUUGAGUGAUCACCGGCCCGUGUAUGCCAUGUUCGAUGUCGAGGUAUGCACGAUCGAUACAGCGAAGCGCGAUGCGAUAUUUAGCGAGACGCUCGGUACGGUCAAGGCAUCGUCGGCCUUGCCCGAGUCGCUCUACCCGCCUCCGUCCUCAGAGACGCAGCAGUGGUGGUACACGGACGUUGCGGAGCCGACCGAGGGCCAGCCGCCCUGGUGCGGCAAUCCGUUUGUGGAGGAGGAGGCAGGGACGACAACGACAACGACGACAACGACAACGACAACGACCCAGACGCCGCUCACUACGGCGACGAGUCUGGCGAAAAAGGCGCCCCCGCCUACACCCCCUCGACGCAGCGGUCCAGGGACGGCGCCCCCACCGCAGGCGGACACAGCAGCGGACGCAGCAGCGGCGGCCGACGACGCGGCCCUCGCCCCGCCGAUCCCUGCACGGCCUGGUCCGAGCGAGGCCCCCGCACGCGUGCCACGUGCGCCGAUGCAGGGAUCGGGCUAA